GCACGGAGAGACCAGUUCGCCCUGGGGGAGAAGUCACGAACGUCCUCGACCUCCACAGACAACGACCUUGACCCCGACCCGAGUCAGCUGGACGUGGGCGGGCCCCGAGAGAGGAGUUCCUCCGACCUGACUGUGGUCCGAGACAACUACACAGGUCAACUGACGGUCGACCGCUUCCGUCACCGGCCGCUGGAGGCCACCAAAUCUCUGCAAGGUCAACAGUUGGCAAGUUUGGCCUUGCUCGGCCGCAGUCCUGAAUGGCGCAGAAACCAGCUGAAGAAGAUGGGUGAUACCAUUGAUAACGGACACCCCUCCCUCAAAAACUCGCCCAUGAACUUCCUCCAGCCACAGACUCGCCAGAUGUCGCUGUCUAUGGAGAUGGCGGAGAUUGUUCAGCGUACCCAGCCCCCAGCCUCUUCCACCGCUGCUAGGGCCGCGGCCACCAAUGCAGGGGCCGCCAUCCUCAACUGGAGCAGCAGCAACAGCAACAGCAGCAACAGCAACAGCAUGGACACGGGGGAAGAGCUGUACACCACGGAUAACGGACACAGGAUCGUCGUCCGGAGCGCCAGCGCCAGGGGGUCCCCUGACCUCAGGAAGGGCAAAGGGUAA